AUGAAAGGAGGUAAUUCGAAGUCUGAUUCCAGAAACUCCAAGCUCUCUGUGACGAAGAAGCCUACAAAGGCAAGCAAAGCUGCUGCUAAAGAUCCUAACAAACCUAAGAGGCCAGCCAGUGCUUUCUUCGUUUUCAUGAGGAAGGUCCAAAAGAGGACGAGGAAUCUGAUGACAAGUCCGUUUCUGAGGUUAGUGAAGAAGAGGAUGCGGAUGAUAAGAGUGACGAGGAGGAAGACGAUUGACUAA